UGUAUCGCAUAGUAAACCGCCUCUUGAAUCACCUCCCUCGGCAGUCAGUGUUUGAAGGGCGAGAAAAAGUUAACUUGAUUCAACUACCUACAGGAUACACAAAUUCUAUAAUGAUAAAAGAUAAGGACCUUGUGGGAAUGCGUUCCUUAGAAAAGAGGCUCAAAAGCUUCAAGAAAUGGCCGUUUGAUAAUGAAAUGGGCAAUAAUAAGGAAAAGAUGGCAGAAGCUGGAUUUUACUUCAUUGGUAGCAAAAGGGAGCCUGACCUGGUGAGGUGCUUUAUGUGCCUCAAGGAACUUGAUGGCUGGGAGGAAGAAGAUGUUCCAUGGCAAGAACAUGAAAAACAUGCACCAUACUGUCAAUUCGUCCAGCUUAAUAAGCCAGAAAGUGAGAUUACGUUCCUAGAGCUGCACCAGCUGGAGAUGCAUCAAGUGAUUAAUGUGACAAAUAAACUUCUGGCAAAGAAAAUUGGAGAGUUCAAGAAACAGUGUCAGAAGACCCGUGAAACCCUAGAAACCUUAGAGUAGUUACUCUACAGUUGGCUCUUCUGAAAACUUUAUGUAUGCUAUAGUUUAUUACUUUAAGUUACCCUUUAAUUUUUAGAUCAGGACGUGUAUUUCUAUAGAAUAAAUACUUUUAGGUCCUAAGUUAAAAAAAUAUGUGAUUGGGAAAUGAUCAUAGUUAUCUUCAUACCCAAAUGAGAAAUUCAUAACUAACAAUGGUGUGUGCUUACUCUACUAACUGCCACAUGCAUAAUCUACCUGUAUCAUGAUAUUUGUCCAAGAUAAUUUUUUAUAUGGAUGUUCUUAGAAGUUUUGAUAAAGUUUCAUAUCGUAUAUUAA